GCGGGGUGUCUCUGAGCAGGAGAAUCGCGUGGCAGUGCUGCGUAGUCAUUUGCCUAAACCGCAGCCAUCUUCUCAUGGGAUAGGUAUGCAGUGUUCUGUUCCUCGACACAAGUCGUAUCCUGCCUGCACUGAAGAGGUAUUCCGACUCGCAAUACGCUGUCCAAGGCAUGUACAACUUACAUGAGGUAUGAGGCUGCGCUGCGCUCAUCCAGACGACUGAAUUUGGUUGCCUGCCCAUACUUCAUCAUGAAGACGGACGACUUUGUUGAACUGCUCCUGUCUUUCGAUGACAGUGCGAUGCGCUUGCAAUUGUGCUCCACCUUAGCAAGCAGUGUGCAGUAGAUGAUUAACUUAUGAUGUCAAGAAAAAUAAACACUUUCGAUAAAACUCACAGCUUCGCUCGCAAACUCUGCCAUCUACAUUCAAAUCACCACAUUGCAUAAUUGCUCAAUCUGAAGAGUCAACUGAAUCAACGUUUUCCACAGAACCCAACACGAGCAUGUCUUCCAGCAAGGGCCAGUUCGAGCAGGGCUACCAGCCUGAAGUCCAGCAGCAGGACAGCAUCCCCGGAAAGGAAUCAGAACUUGAUCCUCAGCCUGAGUACGACCACCUGCCCACUUUCGAUGGCGGUAAGGAGCUCUACAAGGCCGCGGGGAAACUCAAGGGCAAGAAGGCUAUCAUUACGGGUGGUGACUCUGGUAUCGGUCGCGCAUCUGCGAUCCUUUACGCCAUGGAGGGGGCCGACAGCCUUAUCGUGUACCUACCUGAGGAGGAGGAUGAUGCCCAAGAGACAAAGAAGAUGGUCGAGAAGAAGGGAGCCAAGUGCUACACUUUCGCAACCGAUCUAAAGGACCGCGCAAACUGCAAGAAGGUCAUCGACGAGGCUCUCAAGCAGAUGGGUGGUAUUGACAUCCUUUUCAACAAUGCCGCAUACCAGAACAUGGUUGAAGACAUCAAGGAUCUUGACGAGGACCAGUGGGUGCACACGUUUGACACCAACAUCCACCCUUACUUCUAUCUCUCGAAGUACGUUCUGCCCCACAUGAAGCCAGGCUCGGCCAUCAUCAACAACGCCUCGAUCAACGCGUACAUCGGCCGCCCCGAUCUGCUCGACUACACAUCAACCAAGGGUGCUAUUGUUUCCUUUACACGCGCGCUACACAACCAAUAUGUUUCCAAGGGUAUCCGAGUCAACGCUAUUGCACCCGGCCCUGUAUGGACACCUCUCAUUCCUGCAACCAUGAACAAGGAGGCCAUCAAGCAGUUCACCGCACCCAUCGGUCGUCCGUCGCAGCCUAGCGAAAUUGCGACUGUCGCAGUCUUCCUUGCUGCUCCCGAUAGCAGCUCGAUUUGCGGUCAGACAAUCCACCCGAACGGUGGGACAGUAGUUAGCGGCUAGGCGAUGUUGUGAUGAUGUGAUGAUGUGGUGCGCAGGGUGCACAUGUGCUUCCCUAAACGCCUAUAUAGAUAUGACCUUCAUACGACCUUCCACCAAUAGUAAUGAUCUUUUUGGCAAUAAAGAACAAGCUGUCAAUCUUCAGCCACGGGAUUCGACAUUGAAACAAAGUAACUGAGGUGAUCUCUUGCGUUGUAGAGAAAAAAGGCCGAUGAAGGAUGUGGGCGAAGCAAUUUACCACGCAACAACAGAGAAAAGGAAAAUGCAGAAAUCUCUCUAGAAUGCAUUUUCCUACAACCAAGGAGACUUUUAAGUAUAUUUGAACUUUGAUCAUUAUUAUAGCUACAAGU